CCCCCCCCCCUCUCUCUCUCUCUCUCUCUCUCUCUCUCUCUCUCUCUCCGGCUUCCGUCUCCUACAAUCCAACAACAAUUCCGCUUCCCCACGAUUACUGUGAUCUGAGGUCCACGCUCCCUUCUUUUUUCUCUCCUCUCUCUCUCCCCGCCUCGACAGGGAAAGGGAGGAGGGAUGUCGGAUGCUUUGAUCAACGGGUUGGCGGGCGCCGCCGGGGGAAUCAUCGCUCAACUCCUCACCUACCCCCUUCAAACCGUCAACACUCGUCAACAGACGGAGCGCGAUCCAUCCAAGUCCAGCUCCAGAGAUGGAACCAUUCGCCAGAUGUUCCUGGUGGUGAAACAUGAGGGUUGGGAGCGGCUGUACGGCGGACUAAUGCCGUCGCUGGUCGGCACGGCGGCGUCCCAGGGUGUAUAUUAUUACUUCUACCAAACAUUCCGGAACAGGGCAGAAUCUGCUGCUCUCGAUCGUUGGAAGAGAGGAAUAGGUGAUGGAUCUGUGGGAAUGCUCGAAUCACUUGUUGUUGCCGCACUUUCUGGAUGUGUGAAUGUGCUGCUAACAAAUCCCAUCUGGGUAGUAGUUACACGCAUGCAGACACACAGAAAGACAAACAAAACACUACCUACUCAUGGUUUGCCAAUCUCUCUGGAUGACGCUAUCCAACAUGCUAUUAUUGAGCAUGCUCCUUUCAAAGCGAGUCAUGUGGUUCAGGAACUUUAUGAUGAAGCCGGACUAUUAGGCUUUUGGAAGGGUGUAAUUCCAACCCUUAUAAUGGUUAGCAACCCUGCCAUGCAAUUUAUGUUGUAUGAGACCCUCUUGAAGAAGUUGAAAAAGAAACAUGCCACAAACUCGAAGGGUGCAGAUGGAAUUAGUGCUCUGGAGAUUUUUAUUCUUGGAGCUGUUGCAAAACUUGGUGCUACUGUUGUUACAUAUCCCCUCCUAGUGGUCAAGUCAAGGCUUCAGAUAAAACAGAGAGCUGGCGAUGAUAAUAGGCAUCACUACAAAGGUACAUUGGAUGCGAUCACAAAGAUGAUCCGCUACGAAGGCCUUUCGGGUCUUUAUAAAGGAAUGAGUACGAAGAUCGUGCAAAGCGUCUUUGCUGCUGCAGUCCUAUUCAUGGUGAAGGAGGAGCUGGUCAAGGCAGCUCGCUUGCUGGUCACUGGGGACCUCAGCCUUGUAAAUCGCUCAAAGCUAAAACGAUCAUAGAGGAUGUUAGGUUCUUUUCCUUUUUUUCUUUUUUCCCUCUUUUAUUUAUCAUUAGAUUGCUUAUCUAUCACGGCAGGCCAUUCUUUUAGCAACCUAUAUUACUAGAAAUGUGGUAGGUAAAACUAUAUGGCCUUGUUGGAGAGUGGGAAAGAAAAACUGGGUUUCUUCUUACUGUAAACUAUAGGCAUAUGUAAUGCAAUAGCUCCUUAGAAUUAAAAUAUUCAAGGAUAAAUUUGUAUGGAUUUUACUAGCGAAGUAAUUAAGUCUGCUUUAUCGUUAGUAA